AAAACGACGUCGUUAGUAGGAUGUUAUCCACUCCGAGUCCCUUGCCUUCAUCUCACACAAUACAGUAUACCGAAAGCCAUAGAAAUGGCUUCUUCUACUCACUUCUCCCUCGCUUUCAAACCCUCACCGUCGCCGCUCUUUUCCAACUUCCCUCGAACCCGGUUCACCCCUUUCACAACAGCCAGACCGAUCGCUUCUCCUCCCAAAAUCCUUGCUAGUCAGACGGGGUUCUUCACUCGACUCGGCCGGUUAAUCAAGGAAAAAGCCAAGAGUGACGUUGAAAAGAUCUUCUCGGGAUUCUCCAAAACCAGAGACAACCUCGCCGUCAUCGACGAGCUCUUAUUAUACUGGAACCUCGCCGAAACCGAUCGUGUCCUUGAUGAACUUGAAGAGGCUUUAUUGGUAUCCGAUUUUGGGCCAAGAAUUACUAUUAAAAUAGUGGAAAGCUUGCGGGAAGAUAUUCUAGGUGGAAAACUUAAAUCAGGAAGUGAAAUAAAGGAUGCACUGAAGAAGUGUGUGUUGGAUCUCUUAACAACAAAGGGAAGUAACACCGAGCUUCAACUUGGAUUCAGGAAGCCAGCCGUGAUCAUGAUUGUCGGCGUUAAUGGAGGUGGCAAGACAACAUCACUUGGAAAGCUGGCUUAUAGAUUAAAGAAUGAAGGGGCAAACAUAUUGAUGGCAGCUGGCGACACAUUCAGAGCAGCUGCCAGUGAUCAACUAGAGAUCUGGGCUGAGCGAACUGGUUGUGAGAUAGUUGUAGCAGAAAAAGGGAAUGCCAAAGCAUCAUCAGUGCUUUCGCAGGCUGUGAAAAGAGGUAAAGAGGAAGGUUUUGAUGUUGUCUUGUGUGACACAUCUGGACGUCUUCACACUAACUACAGCUUAAUGGAAGAGUUGAUAGCAUGUAAGAAGGCUGUCGGCAAAGUUAUUCGUGGUGCACCUAACGAGAUACUACUAGUUCUUGAUGGGAACACUGGAUUGAAUAUGCUUCCUCAAGCUAGAGAGUUCAAUGAGGUCGUUGGAAUAACUGGUUUUAUUUUGACGAAACUUGAUGGUUCUGCUAGAGGGGGCUGUGUGGUCAGUGUGGUUGAUGAACUUGGGAUUCCCGUGAAGUUUGUAGGUGUCGGAGAAGGUGUUGAAGACCUUCAACCGUUUGACGCAGAGGAAUUCGUUAAUGCCAUAUUUUCAUGAGAAAUAUGGUUGGAAAAGUCAUCAGAUUGCCUGUUAGGUAUUUCAUUCAUUAAAGAUAUGUUUGGCCAAUACGUCAGGCUUCUAGAUGCAUAUUAUUUUAAGAACUCGGUCAGAAGAGUAUUUGUUGGCCAGCAAGUUGGGAUUAAACAGGUGGAUUAGACGCGUUA